CCCAGUCUUGUCUGUUUGUUCCCAGGAAAUAAAUAAAGGGUCUAAACUGAAUUCCGGUUCUUCUCCUGCUGCUGCUGAUGAGUUGAUGUUCACCAAGUUCCUGUGAGUAUGGGGUUAGUCGACGAUAACAAGAACAAGGAGAAGGAUGCCCCUCAAGAAAGCGACGGUGAAGGAGGAGGAGCCGGGGUAUCUAGCAAGACCACGAGCGAUGAUUCCUCUUUCUACACCACUGAUCAGGACGAUGUUAACGAUGGUGAGAGCACACUCCAUUUGGGUCCUCAACGCACUCUCAAAGAACAGCUUGAAAAAGACAAGGAUGAUGAGAGCUUAAGGAAAUGGAAAGAACAACUUCUUGGAAGUGUGGAUAUUAGCAGUAUUGGAGAAACACUUGAUCCUGAAGUGAAGUUCCUUAGCGUGGCGAUCGAGUCGCCGGAGAGGCCAUACAUGCCUCUUUCAAUCCCUGAAGAUGGAAAGCCCGAGGGCUUAUGGUUUACACUGAAAGAAGGCAGCCAUUAUCGAUUGAAAUUCUCCUUCCAAGUCGGCAACAACAUUGUAUCUGGUCUCAGGUACACCAAUACCGUAUGGAAAUCGGGUCUCAGGGUUUUCAGUACAAAAGAUAUGAUUGGAACAUAUAGUCCUCAGCAAGAGCCUUACACACAUGAAAUGCCAGAAGAGACUGCCCCAUCUGGUUUUAUGGCUAGAGGAUCAUACACUGCAAAAUCAAAGUUCGUUGACGACGAUAACAAAUGCCACUUGGAGAUCAACUAUACAUUCGACAUCCGUAAAGACUGGGCUUCAAAGGAUUAAAGACACAACCAGAUGAUGAGGUCAAUCGAUCAAUGUUCUCAUGCUGUUAUAUUUUUCAGCUAUCAAUCUUAAACAUGUCUCAAUUGCAAACAGUUUGUGUUUUUAACUGCUAGUUCUACUGGUUAUCUUA